CCUAAUAUAAAUUGAAUUCAAAUGGAAGACCCCCAAAAAUUGCCCAAAGUCAGCCAAAACCCUGAAACCAUCAAAGACCUCAUCAAAUUUGUCAAUGAGCUGAACGAGAUGCGCUACACUGGCGAUACCCUGCUCCAAACCCUGACGAGGGCUUUGGCAAAAACCUUCAUUGGGAAGUACGAAUUUGACAAAACUAUGAAAUAACAUCCCUGACACAUCGGCACUAACGAUGGUUAAUAAUAAUAUCUUCAGGAUGCAGAGCACGAUGGAUGCCCAUAUUCUGAGGAUAAAUAAGGUUGAGCAGACAACCAAUGAUAAUGAAGUCAGCAUCCUGGCCCUGAACAACCUAAUGGAUCGGGCAGCCACAAAGAACGACGUAUCCUUCCUUCUUGAAGAGAUAGGCAAAAAAGCCUCAAAUGAUAAGGUCAUGGAAAUGGCAGAGGAAUUCGUUUAAACUUGAUUCAAUGGAGCAACUCAGUCAGACGGUUGAUUUCCUCAAACUAGAGAUUGACGAGAGAGCAAAGAUUAAUUUUGUAAAAUAACCAAGUAGAUUCACUCUCCAAUGAGUUCAAAGAGGUGAUCUCAGAUUUUGCCACUCAUCAGUCGGUCGCCUCAGCAAUUUCGAUAAUUGAAGCUAAGAUCAAAUAAGGUCAAAAGAGAUUUUAAAAGAGAGCUUGAAUGCCUCUAUGUGAUCAACGAGCGCAUCGAAAAACUCAAAGAGGAAGCUAAACUUUUCAUCAAGAAGGGGCCCUUUGAGGCAAAAGUAGCCUAUCUAGAUGAGAAACUUAAGGAUCUUGAUAGCUGUUGUAAGUUUGAACAUCUUGAAGCUCAUAUGAACCGUGUGGAACCAAUGAUACAGCAAUGCCGGAAGGGACUUGAUGACUACAAAGAUGACAACCAGAAGCAGAAGGAGAUCCUAUCUAGGUUUGACGAGGUGUUGCUUCAAAAAGCUUCUAAAUUCUCCGUCGAGCAGAUUGAAACAAAGCUGAGGGAUUACUCGCUCAAGGCAGAUUUCACCAAUCUACUAGAUCAGAUAAAUAUAAAAACAAAUGAGAACAAGAGCUACAUCCGAGAAGUUCAGAAUUUUACGAAUAAAACUCUCUCAAAAGCAAAUUCAGACAUUAUCUCCAAGAUUUAUGAGAUGGAGAAAGCUGUCCGGGCACGAACCAAUGAGUUCCUUGAGAAGAACACCAUAAAGCCAGAUGAGAUUAAAUAAGCUCCUAGCCGCCAAGGCUAAUUACUGUGAUGUGAUGGAUCUCAAGAAAAAGGCUGACAUCACAGAGACUAAUAAGAAUGAGAUCAGAUUCAAGACGAACGAGAAGCAAGCAGAGCACAUAAUAGUGCUGCUUAUAGAGACUCUCAGACUUAACCUCAAGGAAAGCAGCCAUUUUGGUAAAAGUACAAUUUCCCAGUUUAAGUAUAUCCUUAAGCAAGCCAUUACUAUUUUCCAAUGGAUGACAGAAGGAAAGACCAAAAGAGAGAUUUUUCUGAAGGCUGGAGAGGAAAUCAACAUAGCUGAGUCAGAGAGUGGGAUGCUGAAAGUACGCCAGAUUCAUUCCUCUCUAGAUAGAAAUCCUCAUAGCUUCUCUACCACAAACCCUUUACUUGCAAACGCGACUCUUGAUAGUGUGACUAGGCCUAAAAAUCUAGACCUUCGGGAUGACUGGUUAGGUUGCACCUUCGAGUCAGGUCUGAACUCAACUAUUCUCCAAGAUAUGAGUAAAAAUUUCACUAUAAAGCAGAACAACAGCCAGAAGGCAUCACCAAGAAUAGUCAAAGAGCCCAUGAGGUUGCAUACCUCUAAAUUUUCUAACAGAAAAGCAAGCAUGCACUUAUCUUUGCAAAGUCGGAAGUCUCGAGUUCAAGAGGAGCCUAGCAGGGCUGUCAAGAACCUUCUGGCUAGCAGGAGGGUAUCGCCAUCCAACAAAGUCCCGAAUGCUAACUUCCCAGACCCCAUUCCUAAAAGGACUAAGCGUAUCUCCCUCAUAAAGACCAGCACUGCUUUAAAGGAUAUGGUAGUCAAGGGUGAACGAACAAUGGCCAAACAAAGGCAGGACCUACGAGAGACACUGACAGGCUCCAGGGCCUAAG